GAUAAGACCUCGAUGCUCCAUCAUCAAUCGAUUUAACUGCUUAAACAAUAAAAAAAGCAACAACAAAAAAAAAUACAUAUAGGAAAAAGAAAACCAAAUUAGACAAUAUAUAAGCUAGCCACUUUCGGUCGCAAUAAAACACCAAAAUUAGGCAACGCCCAACCACUGCCCAGCCGCCCGCAGGAGGAGUAUAAUCGAAAAAUGACGGGUUCGUUUAGUGUGAAGCUGAAAUCGAAAAAAGGUCAAUUCAUUGUCAAUGAUUUGAACGAGCAUACGACGCUGGGGGAGCUGAAAACGAAAAUCGUCCAGGCCACCGCCAUCCAAGCGCCCCAGCUGCACGUCCUCGUGGGCUAUCCACCCAAGCCGCUGGAUCUCUCGCAGCAGCAGGAACAGCGGGAGCUCAAAACGGUGGGUAUCAACAGCGGGGAAACUCUGAUUGUGGAGGAGAAGGCUGCUCCUGCUGCCUCCUCCGCCACCCUGGAGGACGACGAGGCGCUGGCGCGUCGCCUGCAGGCCGAGGAGGAGGCCCAGCUGCUCCAGGAAACCGGCGAAGGCCCCGCUCCUUCAUCCAACAUCCAACUGCCAGCGGCGCCCACGGAAAGCGGUCCAAAUGGCGACUUCAACGGCAUCCUGCUGAAGAAGGUGGUGCCAGCGGACAACUCGUGCCUCUUCACCAGCAUCCGCUUCGUGCUCAACGGCAAGGUGGACAACGAGGGCAGCGAAAUGAUGCGGCACAUCAUUGCCCAGGAGGUGGCGGCCGAUACGCAGAGCUACAACGAUGCCGUGCUGGGCAAAUCGAAUGCAGAGUACUGUGCGUGGAUCCAAAAGGCGGACUCUUGGGGCGGCGCCAUCGAGGUUUCGAUACUGUCCAACUACUAUGGCAUCGAGAUCGAUGUGGUGGACAUCCAGAAUGCCAUAAUCAAUCGUUUUGGCGAGGACAAGAACUUCGGGCUGCGUGUGUUCCUGCUCUUCGAUGGCAUCCACUACGAUCCGCUGUAUAUGGAGACGGCGCAGAGUGCUGCUCCGGCCACGAUCUUCCCGGUGGAGGAGCUGGGCGUCUACCAGCAGGCCGAGCAGCUGGCCAACGAGGCGCAGUCGUCGCGCCAGUACACCAAUGUGGACAAAUUCACGCUGCGCUGCAUGCAGUGCGACGUGAGGCUCGUCGGCCAGGUGCAGGCCCAGGAGCACGCCAAGCAGACCGGCCACCAGCGAUUCGGGGAGAUUUAAUACGUCCUGAUCUUCGGCACCGUCUACAUUGUGGCUUUCAUGCUGUUCGCCUACUACCUGCUCACCACCUAGCCACGAAACGCAGUCGCAGAGGAGUCGUUCUAGAUCGCAGUAGCUAAAUUGUACUACCUCCGCAUCACAUCGCAUCGCCUACAUAAGUUAUACAUUGAUUGAUUGAUUG